AGGUUCAUUUCCUGGCUACACAGCAGUGCAUCCCCAGCAGGAGUCUUACAUGUUCAUUCAGAAAAUGGGGGCGAGGCAGCUGAAAAGAGAUGUUGAGGCCCUCAUUGGUGAUUACAUCGGGCAGAGGCUCAGAGAAAAUUCAUUUGAUCCGAAGGGGAAGGGGGCGUCCACAGUGCUGGAUGACCUGGCUCAUUACGAUCUUGCAAUCAGCGUUGCCCUUUGGUGGUUGGACAAGGAAGAAGGAAGGGAUGUGCUGGACAGCGACAUCAUUGGAUCAACGUGCAGCUUAGGAAGUGCCCAGUACCCUAAUCGCUUAGAGCGGGAGGCUAUGAUCCUGUCAUCCUUCGCUGGGAUUAUUAUGAACAGCCUGCCGGUGGAGGAAAUCUUGGCUCUGUACAGGUGUAAGCCAGCAGCUUCGUACCCCAACCAGCAAUCCAAGGGCGUAAUUGUGUAUCCCUUCCCUCUGUCCUACCAUCCGUUUGCUAUGCUCGGCUCUUACAAGGCUGCACACCACUCCAAGAAGCACAGUAAGUGCAUAUACAUAUUAGACACAGUUAUCUGGAGUGAACUAAUACAGUGCCAUCUCACAACUUCUUAUAGAUCAAAGGCUGAAAAGAUGGCUGUCUGAGAGGGCGAAGGCGAGCGCUCCACCUGGACGAGUUUCAGUGCAGUCUUCAUCAUCAUCCUCCUCCUCCUCGUCUCAGUCCUUCCUCAGUGACAGCAGCGAUGGUCAUGAGGGAAGAGCUUAGCUCUAUGAGGGUUCAAAGGAGUCUCUGCAGGUCUGAAGUCGCUCAGCAGCUCCUCCUGCAGUUAGUCUCUGUCCUCUUCUUGGACUUUAUAUCUACACCUUUGAGAAAAAAUGCACUUGCCUUCUUCAUUUUCACACUUCCUCUGUCUUUACCUUUGCUGUUUGCUUUAUGCUGUCACACUGACAAACUGUGAUUAGAAUUUUUAGCUUUUGGAGGCAGUUGAUAAAGAUGAAUGUUGAACACCUGCGACAGUGACAUCGAAAUAAUGCUGAUUGUGGCUGAUAAUCUGUUUUACAGACAACUGAUGAUAAUGAUGCAUUUCAUGGUAUCACUGACAUGCUGCAUUAUUUCCCUGUUAUUAAUACAUAUAUAUUUACAUUUUCUGUUUUGUAAGAUUUUCAGUUACCACUCUUUCAAAUUCACCAAAUAGUUAAAGGCUAUGUUGUUUUGUGAUGACCUCUGACAUUCUGCAUGGAAACUUUAAUCCACCUGAUGAUGGAUUAGUGGAUAAAAUGUGUCUCUGAUGUCCAUAUCAAUAAAGAGGGCACAGCGGGGCAGUAAUUUGCCUGGUAGGACUUUUGCGUUGAUGAAUCAGGGAUUUUUGUUCUAUGCCCAGGAUCAAGACUUUUGGCAGUCAUGCCAGCAUUUCAAAUCCCUGCUCAUUGAAAAAACAGCUAAAGUGGGAUCUUCUAACCCUUUGAUUGAGGUUUAUAUAGCGGGCCUCUGGUCCUGCUUUGUGAGACCACCAUUUUCCGUAGGUGACUGGCUCCAGCACUCUUUGCAGGAUGAGUAGUAAGGUAAGAGAGUGUGAUGUUCCAUGUUAUCUGACCGCGAUGGUCUGCAUAAACCUGGCCAUGAAUGUGGGUAAAAGCUCUAAUUUAAACAAAAACUCUAAAAUGUUCAGAUCUCUGUGGAAAAGACAACAGUUUUAUAAAGUUGCUGUAGCAGUAAUCAAACUACUGACAUCAUGACAAGAUGAUGCACACCCAGAGAAACUGGGCCAACUUUGCUAUAAACUGGUUAAAAUGUAAGAGGAAGGCUGCCAUAAGGACCAGGUAAGACUGGUAGUAACUCGCCCAUAGUUAAAAGUAUUUGACACAGUUUUACCAGGUUUUCAUUAAAGAAAAUCAACACGUAGGAAGAAACAAAAAACAAUACAGCUGUUCUUUAGGUUUGUAAUUUACAUAAUUUCAAGUUAAUCCUGCACAAACAUGAUUAGUUCUGCAGCAGCUACACUGUAUAUCCAGACCGUAUUUAAGCAUAAUAUUACCCAAGCAUAGCUUAAUGUAAAUAUAAGGUACUAUGUAUUUGUCAGUACUUGAUGAACAUGUUAUUUUGCACUGUGACAAACUGAACUAUGACUUUCUCUAAAUCUGUCUUCUCUCCUGGACCCAGAUCAUAUUUUA